AUGCUCAAUGUCCUGAUCCUCACCCUGCUCUGCAGGGGGUCCCUGUCCCAACUACCUGGAUUUACCCUGACGGUGCCGCAGUCGGUGUCGGUGCAGGAGGGUCUCUGUGUUCUCGUCCCCUGCACCUUCACGUACUCAGCCUCAUCCGACACCUACAAUUCCCGGGACUACAAUCCCUGGGCCCGGCUCUAUGGAUACUGGUACAAGGAUCAGGCCAAUGAGAGCCAAGAUCCGCCCGUAGCCAGCAGUGACCCCAGCCGGGGGGUGUCUCAGGAGACCCAGGGACGGUUCCGGCUGGCGGGGGAGCUGGCGUAUGGCGACUGCUCCCUGCUGAUCAGUGAAGCGCAAUGGAGGGACACAGGAAGGUAUUACUUCAGAUUCGAGAAAGGAACACUGAAAUACAGUUACCGCUUCAAUAACGCUAUACUCACGAUCUCUGUGCCAGAGCUGACGGAGGAGCCAGAGAUCCAGAUCUCACCGGCACGGGGGCUGCCAGGGAUGCUGCUGGCCGGGAAGCCA